AUUCUAUCAUUUUCCAACUGAUUGAACUCAAGUCUGUGGGGGAGGGGGGGGGGUCUUCAAAGCAGAGUGACUUUGUCACGGGUCAUCAGUGACACAUUGUUACUGUGAUGUGGCACAAUGGAGGUGACCACCGACCAUUCUGAGCUGGACUUUACUCCCUUGCCAUCUCCGUAUAAAUUCAUGGAUGUAUCCUGCUCCGGGACUCGGUAUUCAGCAGCUCUCCCAAGCAGUAGGCUCAUCCGCAGAGUGUUAGUCAUGAACCUCGUCCUGGUUUUCGCUUUGGCUCUUUUUACUGGUUGCGAUGCCAAAAUCACCCAGCAGAACCAGCCCAAACCACCGGCGGACAUGGUCAAAGAUGCCUUUUGGGACUACGUUGCCAAGGCAACAUGGAUAGCCGGAGACUCACUGGCGCUGAUCAGAGAGUCGGACCUUGGAAAGGAAAUCAACACUCUGAUUUCUGGGAGCAACGACGCCUUCAACAGGUUCGCAGAGGUUCUGCGCACUCAGGUGACCCAGGACUUCACGUCGCGCUUCUUCGAGCAGGCCGAGCAGCUCAAGAUCCGCCUGGAGAAGGACCUGUCGACCACGAGAGCCCACUUGCAGCCGUACGCCGACGAGGCGGUGACGCGCUUCCAGGAGCAGGUGGAGGACCUGAAAAAAGAGGCGUCCUCUUACGCCGAGACCAUGGACUCGGAGGCUCUUAAGGCCGUCCUGCUGAGGAAAAGCCAGGAGCUGAAGACCCAUCUGGACAAAAACUUCGGGAAGCUGCAGACUCAGAUGAUUCCUUACACGGAGGAACUGAAGCAGAAGGUGGAGAAUAGCCUGCAGGAGUUCCAGAAUAACAUCAUGCCCCUGGCCCAAAAGUUUCAGAGCCAGCUGACGGAGAAGACUCAGGAGAUCCAGGAGAAGCUGGUUCCUUACGGGGAGGAGCUCAGGGCCAAGGUAGACCUCGACACCCAGAACCUGAAGGAGCAGCUGGUUGCUCUCUGGGAGUCCUUCACGAAGCUGACGCGGUAAAAAUGAACAACAGCGUCAGAUGGACUCGUGAAAAGUUUCUACCU